AUAUCAGAGUAUUACAUAUAUGAAUAACAUACACAGUUAACUAAUUACAGUUUCAGCUUAUACUGUACUGGUAGUUGCCUAUGAGUUGUUCUCGUCCCAUAAUAUUUGUUUUCAUAACUUUCAAUGCUGAAAAAUAAAAGAUAAGUACAUUUGGAAUAAGAUACUGCCCGCGCAUAAAUCAAUAAUUAUUGAAAAUAAUUAUAUAAUAUACUAUAACUAUAACACAGAUCACCUAUUUUGUAAUUAUAAUUUAAAAUAUUUAGUAUAAUUCUUUCGAAAUGAUUCAUUGCUGGUUAUGCAGUCGAAAGGGCUCGAUCAGCUGAUUGGUGUUUGAAUAUGCGCGGCAAUUUCAAAAUAAUGCAGUAUUAUGACAUGUUUCCAUGACGAAUAUUGAAAACCGCAGGUAAUAAUACAAACUAUCUUUCGUAUUAGAUUAUUUCAUCAAUUUUAAAAACAAAGUGAUUACCACAACACAUACUAUCAAGAAAACCGCAAUAUUCUUCGAAAUUGAGGAAAACAUGUUUUUCAAUUGGUUAUUGACUUUAAAUACAAUAAUAGCACAAUAAUGAAACUCAAUAGCAUAAUGGCCUAGUUUUAGAUCAAGUAAUCACACUUAUUUUCUUGAUAAGCUCUUCCUGUAAGUUAUAAAACGGAGUGGGGAUUUACAAAAUUAUUGAAAAGGAGUUAAAGUGCUUUACAUUUUACUUCAAAUAAUUUCGUGAAAAAGUCGAAAGAUGUCUUCAUUAACAGCUGAUCAAAAACAAGCGUUGGAUACACAAGCUGUCAAGAAUUUUCGUGAAUAUCUUCAAAUUCCUUCAGUACACCCAGAUGUAAAUUAUGAACCUUGUGUUAAAUUUUUGGAAAAACAAGCUAGUAGUCUGGGACUACCUGUAAAGGUUAUAUCAGUAGUGCCUGGAAAACCAAUUGUGAUAUUAACAUGGAUUGGAAAAGAACCUACUUUACCUUCGAUAUUACUUAACAGCCACAUGGAUGUUGUACCUGUCUUUGAGGAAAAAUGGACAUACAAACCAUUCAGUGCUCAUAUUGAUGAUAAAGGUAAUAUCUAUGCAAGAGGUGCACAAGAUAUGAAAUGUGUCGGAAUACAGUAUUUGGAAGCAAUCAGAAGACUUCAGUUCCAAAGUGUUACUUUAAGAAGAACUAUACAUGUUAGUUUUGUUCCAGAUGAAGAAACUGGAGGCGUUGAUGGAAUGAAGGCGUUUAUAAAAACAAAUGAUUUUAAAAAUCUAAAUAUUGGUUUUGCAUUAGAUGAAGGUAUGGCUAGUCCCAAUAACGAAUAUCCCGUGUUUUACGCGGAAAGAGUUAUUUGGCAAAUGCACAUUCAUUGCCCUGGUCAUCCCGGACAUGGAUCUUUGUUGUUAGAGAACACUGCCGGUGAGAAGGCUUCAUAUAUUUUAAAUAAGUUAUAUGAGUUUAGAAAAGAACAGCAAAAGAAAUUGAAAGAUAAUCCUAAUUUAACUAUUGGAGAUGUAACUACCGUCAAUUUGACAGAAGUAAAGGGUGGAGUUCAAGCUAAUGUUAUACCUCCCGAAUUUAUUUUGACAGUCGAUUCACGGCUGGCAAUUACAGUCGAUUUUAAAAAAUGGGAGGAAACGUUAAAUACUUGGUGCAGAGAUGCGGGACAAGGUGUAUAUAUUGAAUAUGAACAGAAGCAGAGUUUAAUAGAGCCAACAAAAGUGGACAACUCGAAUCCUUAUUGGGUGGCAUUUAAACAAGCCACCGACGAGCUCAACCUUAAACUUAAACCCCAAGUAUUCCCUGGUGGUACGGACAGUAGAUACAUUCGAGUUUGCGGUAUUCCCGCAUUUGGAUUUUCGCCGAUUUCUAAUACUCCUGUAUUAUUGCACGACAACGACGAAUUUUUGAACACUGAAGUAUUUUUGAAAGGAAUUGAAACUUAUGUUAAAAUAAUUAUUAAAAUCGCCAAUGUUGAAGAUAAAACUGGAUAAUAACUAUACUAAUAUAUUUUUAACGAGAUAUAAAAAUGAUAUUUUUGGAAUUGUAAAAUUUAAAGAUUGUUUUGAUUGUAGUAAUUUAUUUGUGGUUGAAUAAUAAAUUAUAUAUUUGAAGUUUUUUAUGAUCUGUUUUUACAGUUUUUGACUAAUUUAUGUAAAAACUUUUUUUGAUUAAAAAUUUAUUGAUUCGAACACGGUGAAGCUACGACUAUAAAUAAAACGCAAAUUUUAAACAAUGAAAAUACUUGUCGCUUUUAUGUCAACUUUCGUGCUAUAGAAUCAUAUGUAUUUAUAUCUCUUGAACGAUACAAAAGGAAGCCCCAUUUCUUCCUCUUUUUUUCUAGCGGUUUGACUCUUAAGCCUCAGGUUUUCACGGGAGGAACUGACUCCCGUUAUAUUCGAGCGAUAGGUAUCCCUGCAUUUGGGUUCUCCCCAAUAAACAAUACUUCAAUACUCGCCCACGAAAACGAUGAAUUUUUGAAUACAGCUACAUUUUUGAAGGGCAUUUUGUAUUAUGAAAAGAUUAUAGAAACAAUUGGGAACCUCACUGGAUAUGUUAAGAAGAACGAAAAACGCUUGAAAAUGUGAUUCUACUGGACAAGAUUUUUAAG